CGACAGCAGUUUCGAUCGAGAGUGACAAAGUGAUCGUUCGCGUAGUCGGAAUGAAAUCCAGAGCAGCCGUAGUCGUGUUGCUGUUUCUAGUGGGGGAAGCCACUCCGCAGGAGCUUUGGUCCAAGUGCGGCCAACGGGCCUUCGCGGAGGUUCUCGAUCAUGGUGGUGGCCAGGACGCUGCUCCAGGACAGUGGCCGUGGUACGGGAGCGUUUUUCACUACCGAACUGAUCGAUCGAUUGCGUUUGCGUGUGGUGGCACCUUAAUAAGCCGUAAUCACGUGCUAACAGUUGCGGUUUGCGUUAUGGAUGGGGCUGGAUCUCUGCUCGGUAGCGGUGAAGUUAUGGUUCGACUGGGAACUCAUCACCAAAAUGUGCUUCACUUUGGAAAUGCUCGGUAUCGCCGAGUGAAGUCAGUGCAUCUACCAAAGGACGGAGAAAUUGCAAUUUUAAAGCUGACUGAAGACGUAAAGUUUAACAAAUAUGUACUCUCCAUUUGUAUGAUGGUCCAGCCCUUCGAUGAUCAGAACGCAAAGCUUUUGGUUGGCUGGGGAGUCAACGGGGACGCGAAUCAGUUGGGUUCCUACCUUGGAAACGAUACCUGCCAUUUCCGAAAUGAUCGGGCAAGCAUCGGAGUCGCACUCCUCAUGGGAGGUUGGUUUUUACAGUAUUUCACCCACUGUUCUGGAGAUGUGAUUACGUUGAAAAGGUACGAGUCGUGGAUUGCGAAAACUACAAACCUCAUAUAUUUGCAAAAGCUGCGAUCGGGGCAAGACUUCAACUCAACCCACCAAUAUCCGCAACUUCUGCCACGACGACACUGCGGAAAAGGGCUCAUCGAUGGGGAGAAAAGCACUCCCAAUGCCACUCUAUAUGAAUUUCCGUGGAUUGCCAAAUUGUUCAACCGAGCGUUGGGCUACAAUUGCCUAGGAACGCUCAUCAGCCAUCGCUACGUGUUGACAUCGGAAAAUUGUAUCAAUUUCUACUUCAUUCCUGAUUUAAUAGUAUUGGGUGAAUACGACAACUUCCGAGAACCGGAUUGCCAGCUGGAAGACCCGACCGAUUGCGCACCUCCACUCAGACUGUACGAAGUUGACUACGUUGUUCGAAAUCGUAACGAUUAUAGGUACCGAAUUGAUUUGAUUCGUACAACGGAAAAUGUCGCAUUUGAAGAUCACAUCCAACCCGUUUGCCUGCCACUGACUUCGGAACUCAAGCACCUCCGUCCGUCAGAGUAUACAAUUGCGGGUUGGAAUAAAAAUUCCAAAAAUACCACAGGAAUUAUUCAGAAGGAAACGAUUUACGCUGCAAGUUCAGCCGAGUGUCAAAUUAAUGAAGAGCACCUUCCAAACAACGUCUUAUUGUACACCACAAGUCAUGAGAACGUUGCAAAUCGUACGUAUUCCGGCGGACCAGUUGGAGCUGCUGUUCCUUCGAGUGGGAGGCGGUUUGUACAACUUGCGCUCGUCAUCGGUCCCGUCGAACGUUGUGUGGUUGCCCUGGAUAUCGUUCCUUACAUUGACUGGAUUAGGGCGAACAUGGUUGAGUAGAAGAAAAAAAACUAAAUCCAUCUAUUUGGACAUCAUUUUCGUCUGUAUUUUAAUGAUUCAGCUUCAAAACUUUUCGACCUUGAAAAUUUGCCAUGGACCUUGGACAACAACAACAAAAAGUAGCUUCCUACAAAAGAAAUUAAUUAUAGUUGGCUGCUUUAUUCCCGCUCAACGUGAAAUGGAAACACAACAGGUAAAAAGCAGAAGCUUGCAAAACAUAACUGAGAACUCAA